AUGACUGAGAUCAACUUGGGAAUCACCGCUGAUAUGCAUGUACAUCUACGUGAUGGUGCUAUGUGUAAAUUGAUUACCCCUACCGUUCGCUCGGGAGGCAUUGCCAUUUGCUAUGUGAUGCCUAAUCUUGUCCCACCAAUUACCACUAAACAACAAGUUAUCGAUUACCAUUCACAACUUACCAAACUUGCUCCUGAAACUACUUUUUUAAUGAGUUUGUACUUGUGUAAAGAGUUAACUCCUCAAUUGGUUGAUGAAGUCAGUCAUUUGAUUCAUGGGAUUAAAUGUUACCCAGCUGGUGUUACCACAAAUUCAGCUUUAGGAGUUGACCCAAAUGAUUUCAGUUCAUUUUAUCCUUUGUUUGAAGUAAUGGAAAAACGUGGAUUGAUCCUUAACAUUCAUGGUGAAAAGGCGCAUUUGUCCAAAGAAGAAGAAGCUAGAGGUAACGUUGAAGAUGAAAUUAAUGUAAUCAAUGCUGAACCCAAAUUUCUUCCUGCAUUGCGUAAAUUACAUGCUGAUUUUCCUAAAUUGAAAAUUGUAUUGGAGCAUUGUACAACUCAUGAGUCAAUUGCAUUAAUUCGUGAAUUAAACAAGGGCAAGACUGAAAAUGAUGAAGUCUUUGUAUCAGCAACGAUAACUGCUCAUCAUUUGUAUUUAAUUAUCGAUCAAUGGGCUGGAAAUCCAAUAAAUUUCUGUAAACCAGUGGCCAAAUUUCAAAAAGAUCGUCAAGCUUUAAUUGAUGCUGCCACUAGUGGUGAACCAUGGUUCUUUUUUGGCUCGGACUCUGCACCCCAUCCAAUCCACAAAAAGCAAGUACACGUUGGUGUUUGUGCUGGUGUUUAUACACAAUCCAACGCCGUGGCUUAUGUGGCUGAAGUAUUCGAUAAACAGGGCAAGUUAGACAACUUGAAGAAAUUUAUCAGUGAUAAUGGUAUUAGGUUCUAUAAUUUGAAGUCCGAUAUUGUGGAAAAACACAAGGGUGAGAGUGUAUGGUUAGUUGAGAGAAGCAAUAAUGUGCCUGAUGUGAUUGGUAAUGGUGAAGUAGAGGUUGUACCUUUCAAAGCUGGAGAGACUUUAAAGUAUGCUACAGAGUGGAGGAAGAAUUAG